AUGGCCCCCAGCCAGCUGUCAUCCACGCCAACCCGAAAGCUUCCCGUGUCUUAUGCGGUUUUUGGACAGUUGCGUCGCAAGAGCCUAAACGAAAAACAUGUAUCUGCAGGUGUACUGGUGGUUUCCCAGUUGAGUCCAAGUACAAACUUGCAAGCCGAUCGCCCGCCAAACCAUAACGGAAAGCUCGGCGGCAAAGCAGAUCACGAAAAGCCAAUGGACAACAAAGGCAAACAAAGGUCUAGGACUGGUUGUCGCACGUGUCGCUCCCGGAAGGUUAAAUGCGAUGAACGUCCUGGCGGAUGUCUGAACUGUACAAGGCUCAAUCUAUCUUGCCCCAAUGCCAGCAGUAUUGUCCGGCAGUAUGAAGAUCCUGUUGAGGGCUUCGCGCAAACCCAGACAGGUCUCAAGCGUAUAAGAACCUAUCGGUCUUGCAAAAAUUGUCGCAGCUCGAAAACGAGAUGCUCUGGGGAUCGCCCAACCUGUGUAAGAUGUCAACAGAAGAAUUUCAGUUGUAUCUAUGAUGGCAACGAAGCGCCUGCAUGGGUCGAUACAAUCUCAAAAGCUGUGAAUAGCCAUGGCGUAGAACCUCAACCCAUGGAUAUUUCAAGAAACUCAACAAGUUCAGAUAGCGCUCAUGCAGAGGGAAGGCCUUCAAACAACUAUCUAUCAGAUCCAAUUGGCACGGAUGUCAACAGACUUCCAGGGAACGAAACCAGCCAUGUCUAUUGCCCCAACGAACUCUCUUGGCUUAUGUCGCUUGAGCUACCCGAGAAGAACAGAAUAAUCGUCCUUGUCGAGGAGUUUUUUGCCAAUAUUUACAACUUGCGUUGCUUUGGGUUUGUCCAGAAGUCAUCGUACAUGCAGCAAUUGGACGAACAACCUUUCGAGGCGCAACAAAAAGAUCCACUAUUGAACAUUAUAUGUGCCUUAGGUGCUAAGUUCUAUGCGCUCAAGAGUGCUAGACCACGAGAAUUGCCCGAGGACUUCGCAAUUCGCGUCGGCAGUCAGUGGGCGUCAAAAGCAAAGGCGCUGGUUCUUCUACACGAGCAUGAUCUACGAAUCGGCAGUUACGCGAGCGCAUUCAUAUUUACUGGACUAGCCUGGGUUGGAAGUGGUGCCGAUGAGUUAACUCUACUACGAGAAUGCGAUAUAAAGAUUCAGCUACCAUGCAACGAACGUAACUUCAACUUCGAGAUACCGUGCAUUGUGGAGACCCUUGAAAUUGGGAAAUAUCUACCCUUUGUCGCAGCUGAGGACCACGCAACAGGCCCUGCCGACACGCUAGAUUUACAAGCCCAGUUCAUUAGACUUUCGAGUCUCAGGCGUAAAGUCAUGAAGUCAUACCAUGGCACAGCCUUGCUGCCUUGGCUGCCGGAAUCCGACUUUGCAAAACUUGAGAUGAGCCUCCUGUCAUGGUAUCGGAGUUUGCCCAGCAGCUUGCAGUUCACUCGAACAGCUAUUUAUAUGCGGAAAGAGUCUGCACAGCUUGGAGCACUACUUUUGCUUCAUUGGACCUACCAUCAAACUCUCUGUGACCUCAAUUGUAUUGGUAUGCGGGAACUGUUUCCAAAUCGAGAAGCAAUUGACUUUCCUCCUGAUCAGUCAGGUUUUCUAAAACGUACCCAAGACCGAUGUCUGGAUACCGCAACGGCAAUAUCAUUGACGUUCGAGGAAGCUUUGAAGCACGGGCCUCAAGCGUUUGCAGAUACCUGGCUACCUGUCAUAGCUCAUGACUCAACCAGGGUCAUUGCGCACUAUAUCACUCGCAGGUUGGGAACUUCAUACACGAAGUUUGUCAUGAUUAGGCCACAUGUUGUUUCAUGCAUGCAAGCAAACAUUGUGGCUCUUGAAAGAAUGGUUCCAAUGUUUCAGCUCGCGAAACCAUUGUACACGGCAGCGUCGGACGUGGUGAAGAAGGCCAAGCUUGAGCUUGAAGAUCUUACGGCCACUCAGUCAGCCCAAACUCCAGUCAGUGCAGAAAAUGAACCGUUGUCUACCUCGGAAUCGCAAGUUCAGUCUAUGUCGGAAUGUAUAUUGUACCCACAGGAGAUCUAUUGCCUAGCUCGCCAGAAUAUUGAUGACCAAGAUAAACGUGCUCCUGAGCGAGCACCAUCAGAAGCCUCCAGCUUUACCGAGACGAUCAAGGCAGGUGCUGUUCCCACGGCGUCACGAGUAGCUCCGCUACCCAUUGCAAUUAGGCGAGUGCCACUAAAUAAUAGUCAAUCAGCUUUAGAUGGUGGUAUAGGCGACUCCGCGGCAGUUGGAGACAACUUCGUACUCCCAGGCAGCUUCGAUAACCUCCAAGUUAGUCACAUCCCCGCAGUCCUCCAGUCUACCAGAAAUAGGUUGUAUUAG